AUCCACAUCAGUUUUUCGCAAGCGAACGGAGAAAGCAAUUAUAUUUAGCAGAUUUGCUCAAAAAUUAUCUUAAAAAUAAAACUAAUAUUCAGUUAAUUUUGACUUAAAAAUAAACAAAAAUGUCAAGUUUGCCCAUUCUAUUGAACUUAAUUGAUGAGUUGGAUCGCGAGAGCUACAAUCCGCUGUACUACGGCAAUGACUUCGGAUUAGGUUUGCAUCCACAUCAUAUUCACCGCCAUCACCAUCAUCGACAUGAGCCAGCUGCUAACAAUCUUGUUGGCUAUUCCCUGCCCUUGGGUUUGGUAAAUCGUUUGGGUGAACGAGCUCUCAGUCGACGGGCGCAGCAGGGCGAAAGCCGCUUGUCUCCAGUAGGUAAAGAUGGCCUACAAGUGUGCAUGGAUGUGGCUCAGUUCAAGCCCAGCGAGCUGACUGUAAAAGUAGUUGAUAAUAGCAUUAUUAUCGAGGGCAAACAUGAAGAACGUGAGGAUGAGCAUGGUUACAUUUCACGACACUUCGUACGGCGAUAUGCGCUACCGAAGGAUUAUGAUGCCGAUAGAGUCAUUUCAACGCUUUCAUCAGACGGCGUUCUCACAGUUAGCGCUCCAAAGCCACAAGAAGAAAAAUCGAAUGAGCGUGUUGUACAAAUUCAACAAACCGGUCCGGCUCAUUUGAAUGUCAAACACAAUACGGAGGAGAAGAUUGGCGAUGCCAAUGGAGACGCCGAGCAAAAGUAAAUGGCUGUAGACAGACAUUGAUUGCAAAAAGACUUCAUACACAGUUUAUUCAUUCCAUAUUGCGAAACGCUUUAGUAAUUAGUACUACUAAUGUAUUUCCGAUAAAUACUACUUUUGUGCAGAAACAAAAAAAUUAGAAUAGCGUGCUGGCAAAAGUGCAGUACAUUCUCAUUCGUAUUUAUGUAUAUUGAUUAUCCAUGUAGUAUUAUAAGUUUUUGCUGAUAAAUAUGUUCGUAGUAAUUUUAUUUAAAUUAAUAUCGGGAGCAUUCAUUUACUAAAAAUAAAUACUAUUAGAAUAUAGAAAUAUAACAAUUUUUUUUUGUUUUCUGUGGUUGGAAACAAGAGUGUUGAAUAGGAAUUCCGCUUGAUUAGAAAAACUUAUUUUUGAUGUGAUGUGAAUGUUUGUAUGACUUCUAUUUAUAUGCUAAAUAGGUGCAACCUGGAAAAUAUAUUUAGAACUAUAGACAAUAAUUCAUGAGAUUUUCGUGAAGAUAUCUUGUCAAAUAAAAAAGAUUUCCAUACAAGAAUUUAA